CCCAUCUUCUAUCAUCUUUCCCCUUUAUUCUACAGGUUUCCACAGGAAGCCAACAUAGGCCACAUUUCCGCCUGUUGUAUGUGGACGAGGCUUUCUGAAGACCUGUCGGUUGCGCUCGAGCAGCAUGCACAGGCAAAGGAGCGCUUUUGCAAAACCUCCGAGUACAUGAAUUUAUGCUUCAAGGUCAAAUGGUUCUACAAAACGCACAUAGCGGAGGUUCCUGAAAUGCAGAACCAGACCCCAUCCUAUCCCCUGUGGUUCGAACCAUUUGUGAUGCAAUGGCUCAACGAGAAUGACGAGAUUUCGAUGGACUUCUUGCGCAAUGCUUACCAGCGGGACAAAAAAGAUGGGUUUCAUCGGUCGAGUGAGCAGGCGCUCUUCUCAAACUCCGUCGUGGACGUUUUCACCCAACUGAACCAAUGCUUUGAUAUAAUGAAGAAACUGGAGUGUCCCGAUCCGGAAGUGAACGCGAGGUUCAUCAACAGGUUUUCUCACACUGUGGGCAAGGUACUGCUUACCUACGCCGAAGUUGUGAAAGCGGGCUACGACCACUGGCGCGAGACACAGGAGACUGCCUGCAUCCUCAUGAACAACAUUCAGCAGUGUCGCGUGCAGCUGGAGAGGGUGUACGAGGCUAUGGGUGGAGACAGCCUACAGGAGGACACCAAGGUGAUGCUGAACGAUGUCAUUGAUGAUAUGGCGCAGAAGUACUCUGUGGCCUUGGAACCGCAAAUACUGGUUCAAAUAAAGGAGGUCAACAAACUGCUGCAUCAGUGUGCUACUGGCGCGAAUGCGAGUGUUGAAGCCGAGGCUGACAACAUCCUCCGACCGCUUAUGGAUCACUUUGAGAGUUCGCUUUCUGUCUACGCAGACAUCUGUGAGAAAACGGUGCUCAAACGCAUAUUGAAGGAAAUCUCCAAAGAAACCGGUGCUGCUACUCUAAAGAACCUCACACCGUGGCAUUGCCAGAUACUCAAUAUCGCCUUGGAGGCCAUAAAAAACUAUUUCCACGCCGGUGGCAGUGGACUGAAGAAUACCUACUUGGAGAGGUCGCCUGAACUGCAGUCGUUGCAGUACGCGCUCUCACUAUAUACCCAGACUACCGACAGCCUUAUAAAAAUCUUUGUCUCCACACAGACUACUCAAGGUUGGUGUGAUUGGCUUUUACUUUCUAAAGAUUUCAGUUCAAAAAACGAAUAA